GAUCCUGGCGGAACAUUUUUCAAUUUCUCUGUCAUUUUUCUUUUUUCCUCUCUACCUCUGCUUGCCAUAGAGACAUGGCAGGACUCACAGGCCCAUUAAGCGUCCACAGAUCAUUGGUGUCGACAUGCCCAAGAAAGGGAACCGAAAACGGCUGAAAUUCAGGGCCGGGGACGUUUGUUUGGAAUCAGUGACAGUUGCUGAUUAUGCUGAUGCCGACCCAGCCGUAGUGAAGUCAGGGAGGGUGAAAAAGGCUGUUGCAAAUGCAGUUGAGAAAGAAGUGAAAUUACUCUGCGGACUGGAAGCAUCUCAGGGUGCUGUGGAGGAGGUCCUCUCGUCUGCAGCGUGCGUCAAAGCCGGCGCCUUGGAGAGCAGUGACGACCUUGACCCUGAAGAAGAUGGAGAAAGUGAAACUAAAGUGGCUCGCAAGAAGAAAAACAAGAGGAGAAAGGAAAGCAGUGAUGGGCAGGAAUAUCCUGUGGAUAUUUGGUUGGUGCUAUCCUCCUACAUUCGACCUGAAGAUGUCUGCAGAUUUGCUCUAAUAUGCAAGAAUGCCUGGACUGUCACUUGCACGGCAGCAUUUUGGACCAGACUCUAUAGAAGACACUACAGGAUAGAUGCAGACCUGCCAUUCCGUCUCCAGCCUGACUCUAUAAACAAAAUGCGCUGUUUACGGGCCCGGGUGAUUCGUUCCCUUUUCCAUUUGUAUGAGCCAUUCGACAUACGUGUAUCAAAAAUACCUGCCCUGCCAGAAUCCACACCUACAGCCCUGCUGAACUCUAAGUGUUUGCUGUUCUGGGUCAGAAAAGUAACAGGUACCCGACCAGAUGCAUUGUGGGAGUUCAACUUUAAGUUCAAAAAGCAGCAGGUAAAUGGUAGGAAUGGUUGUGCCAAGUUAUUGUGUACACCCAGACAAUAUGAAGAUGUCCACACAAACCCAGACUCUGACUGCUACAUACUUCAAGUCACCACUCUGAACUUCAUCUUCACCCCUGUGGUCAUGGGCAUGACACUAACCCUGUUUACAAUCAACGUCAGCACAGACAUGCGCCACCACCGUGUUCGUCUGGUGUUCCAGGACUCACCGCUCCAGAGAGGAAAGAAGAGAGGUGAUCAGGGUGGGAUCCAGGUGGUGUUGGAUCCUGUACAGAGCGUGAGGCUCAUGGACUGGUGGCACCCACAGUACCCCUCUUCACCCUACACAUAGGAGUUGUGUCCCCUUCAGACUUUCUACAGCAGAGUGACACC